CCUGUACUAUGCAUGCCUUCCGGAAGGUGUGCUUGUUGUCUGUGGGUAAGCCGACUUUUACCCUGCAGACUCUUAGGGGUAUCUAACAGAGAAAAGUGUCGCCCAACUUUGUCGAGUGUAUUAGCUAUUAAGUUCAGACCUUGUUCUGGCUAGGAUUCAGAAAGUGGGGGGCGUAGCUUAAAAACAGAGUUUGUGACUGCAUUUACGGAGCAAGCGGGUUGGUAAACACAAGGCGACGGGGGGAGUCAUCAAAGGUAGCGCCUCCCCCCACCACAGAGUAACUUAGAAGCGCCAGCGACUACAGGGGUCACACCAUGGAACCCCCGCCACCGAAAGGAAAGAGCCAAGGCCGACUACUCGUCUCCACUAGCCUCGAUGCCAAGGAUGAACUAGAGGAGAGGCUUGAUCGAUGCGUCACUGUUGUUACAUCAUUGAUGAAUGGUCUUUCAGAACGUGAAGCCAAUGAUGCUCUUAAUGCACAUGUGUGCAAAGGUGCCCAGCAGCAUGAGGAGGUUUGUCUCGGGCUCUUCACCCUACUUCUUACAGAAUCUGCUCAAUCACAAAGGUGUUACAGGGACUUAACACUGAUCAACAGAGAUGGUAUGAACAUUGUGUUAAUGAAGAUAAACCAGAUUCUUAUGGAAAAAUUCCUGAGGCUGCAGGACACGUGUCGUUCACAGAUGGUUUGGCUUGUGAGGGAGCUGGUGAAAAGUACAGUAAUAGGAGCUGAUGGGGUGUGCAUGACUUUAAUGAAACAAAUAGCAGGUGGUGAUGUGUCCCUAAAAAACAUCUGGCUAGCAGAGAAUGUUCUGGAUAUCUUGGUGGACCAAAGAGAGUGGGUCUUGAAAAGUGGCAUGCUGAUCGCAAUGUCUGUAUAUACAUACCUGCGGCUCAUAGUGGAUCAUCAUGGCACUCCUGCACUUUUGUCUCUUCGACAGAAGGAAGUGGACUUUUGCAUUGGGAUGCUGCGAGAGCGGUUUAUGGACUGUUUCAUUAUUGGAAGGGAUCUGGUUCGUCUUUUACAAAAUGUAGCUCGUAUUCCAGAAUUUGAAUUACUUUGGAAAGACCUGUUGCACAAUCCUCAAGCUCUCAGCCCUCAGUUUACAGGAGUUUUGCAACUCCUUUCAUCUAGAACAUCUAGAAAAUUUCUUGCUUGCCGGUUGACUCCUGACAUGGAAACAAAAUUGCUGUUCAUGACCUCACGGGUACGGUUUGGUCAGCAAAAACGGUACCAGGACUGGUUUCAGCGUCAGUAUCUGUCUACUCCAGACAGCCAGUCACUAAGGUGUGAUCUGAUUCGCUACAUCUGUGGUGUUGUGCAUCCAUCCAAUGAAGUACUAAGUUCUGACAUCCUUCCACGCUGGGCAAUCAUUGGCUGGCUGCUAACCACCUGCACUUCAAAUGUUGCUGCGUCUAAUGCCAAGCUGGCUCUCUUCUAUGACUGGCUAUUCUUCAACCCUGAUAAGGAUAGUAUUAUGAAUAUAGAACCUGCUAUCUUGGUUAUGCAUCAUUCAAUGAAGCCACACCCAGCCAUUACAGCCACUCUUCUAGAUUUCAUGUGUAGGAUCAUUCCCAACUUUUACCCACCUCUGGAGGGUCAUGUGAGGCAUGGUGUCUUUAACUCACUAACCCAUAUAGUGGAAAAAAGAGUCUUAGCUCACCUGGCCCCUCUUUUUGAUAAUCCUAAAUUGGACAAAGAGCUUCGAGCCAUGCUAAGAGAGAGAUUUCCUGAAUUUUGUAGUUCCCCAUCACCCCCCGUUGAAGUGAAGCUAGAGGAGUCUGUUUCCUUGGAGAUGGACAAUCAUGCAUCUGACAAAGAAGAUGGUUGUUAUGACAACACAGAGGCUGCCUUUAGUGAUGAUGAGGAGGAGCUGAACAGUAAAGGGAAAAAGCGUGAGUUUCGAUUCCAUCCAAUUAAGGAAGCCAUUAUUGAAGAGCCAGCUGAUAUUACACCAUAUGUGGAUCAGUUAGAUGAGACGCUGAAGGAAAAAGUCCUGCAGUUACAGAAAGGAAGUGAUACAGAAACCCAAUGUGAAGUAAUGCAAGAGAUAGUUGAACUCAUUCUUGAGGAGGACUUUGACGCCGAGCAAAUGUCUACUCUGGCUUCCUGCCUGGCAGAGCUGUUCAAAGGGCACUUUAGGGGUGAUGUUUUGCCAGAAGAAAUCACAGAUGAGUCUCUGGAAGAGUCCGUUGGAAGGCCAGUCUGUUUAAUUUUCAGGAAUCUGUGCCAAAUGCAGGAGGAUAAUAGUGGUUUCUCUAUACUUUUGGACCUGUUGGCGGAGCUCUACCAGAAACAACCUAAAAUUGGUUAUCACCUGCUAUACUACCUAAAGGCCAGCAAGGCAGCCUCUGGUAAAAUGAGUUUGUAUGAAUCCUUUGCGCAGGCUACUGCACUUGGAGACUUACACACAUGUCUAAUGAUGGACAUGAAGGCCUGUCAAGAAGAUGAUGUCAGAUUGCUUUGUUACCUUACUCCAUCCAUUUACUCUGAGUUUCCAGAUGAGACAUUGCGCAGUGGUGAGCUUCUCAACAUGAUAGUGGCAGUCAUUGACUCUACCCAGCUCCAGGAGUUGAUGUGUCAUGUAAUGAUGGGAAACCUAGUGAUGUUUCGCAAGGAUUCUGUGCUCAACAUCCUUAUUCAGAGCCUCGACUGGGAGACAUUUGAACAGUACAGUACCUGGCAGCUUUUCCUAGCUCAUAACAUCCCACUCGAGACUAUUAUUCCAAUACUACAGCACCUUAAGUACAAGGAGCAUCCUGAAGCUCUAUCUUGUCUUUUGCUACAACUAAGAAGAGAAAAGCCAAGUGAGGAGAUGGUAAAAAUGGUCUUAAGUCGACCCUGUCAUACUGAAGACCAGUUUACAACCAGUAUACUCCGGCACUGGGCAGCCAAGCAUGAAGACUUGCUUUCUGAACAUAUAAAGGCCCUGUUAAUUAAGAAUAACAGUCUUCCAAGGAAACGCCAGAGUUUGCGAAGUUCAAGCAGUAAGCUUGCCCAGUUGACUUUGGAACAGAUCCUAGAGCAUUUGGACAACCUGAGGCUGAGUCUGAUUAACACCAAGCAGAACUUUUUCAACCAAACCCCUAUUCUGCAGGCAUUACAACAUGUCCAGGCAAGCUGUGAUGAAGCUCACAAGAUGCGGUUCAGUGAUUUAUUCUCUCUGGCUGAAGAAUAUGAAGACUCGUCUUCCAAGCCCCCAAAGUCAAGAAGAAAAGCAACUGUUUGUAGUCCCCGAAGUCGAAAGGGCGUUGCUCAGCCCACUAGCAAUGAAGAAGAGAGUGCCUCCAGCAGUGCCUCAGAGGAGGAAGAUACCAAGCCUAAAGCUCCAAAGAGAAAAAGAAAAGGUUCUUCAGCUGUAGGAUCAGACAGUGACUGAAGUCUUACCUCACUGUUUGCUUCUUACUACACCUAACAGCCAAGAAGAUGGUCCAAGUGCGUCUACUGCUGCUAAGUACUUGACUGUUCUAUCUGUCUUACAGAUUGAUCAAUGGAGAUCCCAGCUCAGCCUUUCAUUUUGAUCUGCUUUGCUGAUGGAGCGGCCCUGUCUAACACAGUUAGCCAUACACUUGAUUUGGUGUGUCAUUUGGGGCUUUUGUGACUCUUUCUUGACAGUUUCCUCUUUGCCUGCAAGACUAGACCAACAUUAGUUUGCAACUUUGAGUCUGAAAACUGUUCUUUUUCCUCCCUCAUUUGGCAAAAGGAAGAAGAUUAUGGAGGCCAAUGGCAAGAUUUCUAAACCAAUUGAAUUAAGUUUUGUAAAGCACUCUAACUUUUCUACCAAUCCUAUUAGCUGUGAUGUUGUGAGGCUGAUGAUUUCAGUCAAGUCCCAUGUGUAAAGGACCUUUUAUUUUUGGGACUUUUAUGGUAAAAUGGUCAGCCAUAUGAAAGUGUCAGUAGACAAAAAGUGGAGGCAAACAUUGAGUUAUUGGUCCAUGGAAAGAACUAUAAACUUUUAUUCAAAGCCACUGUAUGUGCUGGCCCAUUUUCAUUUGCGAAAAAGUUAUUAAUAUGGACCUGUAUACUUUUACAAUUGUCUUUGGGUAGCAACAGCAACUUAAUCCUCACUUUUUAUAACAGUUGGGGAGAUAAAAUGAUUGUUUCCUACAUUUAAUCUACUAUCCCAUACUCAGGGAUGAAGGGACAACUUUAUUAACACUUGGGCAAGAUAUGGUUUUUAGUUGGGUUUAUUCUUUUGCCUUUCUCACCUUUGCCUUCACCACUCAAUUUCUAUAUUUUGAAAAUGUUCAUCUUCACAACUGUUAACAUUUGUCAUCCCUCAGUGUCCAUCAAAAGAAAAUGAGAGGUUCCUUUUAAUGGUGAUGAAUUAUAGCACCCAGUAUGCUUUGCUUAAGAGGCUAAUGUAGCCGUGCUCUGCAGAAUGAACCCCAAAUGACAAUGUUGAUAGUCUUGGCACUCUCCCUACCCACAAGCGCCUCAGUCCUUUAACAUAGUAUGUUAAGUGUUUAGUGAAAUCCAUUCUGUGUAACCCAUAUUAAGAUUAAUCACUUUAAGAAAGCUGCCUAGAACAACAUACGCCAUCUUGAGAGUAAACUCUUCACAAAAGCAAACUUAACCUCUUUGUUAAUGUCAGACAUGAUUUGUAUGUCUUUGAAAUCUUGGCAAAAAAUAUUACACUUUAUAAUUACCUGGAGACCCCCAUACAGAUAUCACAGCCUUGGUUUUAGUGAAAGCUCUUAAAUCUGAUAAUCUUGUUUGUAUUUUUUUAAUAAAACAAAGAAAAUAGUG